AUGUCUGACGAAAAAGUGUCGCAAUUUAUUGAAGAGCUGCCAAAGUGUGAGCAGCACCUCCAUAUCGAGGGGACAUUGUCUCCAGAACGUCGUUGGAGCUGUGUCAUUGCCAAUGGACUGCAAAUUGAGAACUGCUCCUCAUUGGAGGAACUCUCCCAACAAUACGAAACGGAGUAUGUCUACCAGAAAGGGCAAGAUCCCGCAAAGUACUUGCAAGAAUUUCUGGCCAUCUACUAUGCCUCGAUGAAUGUACUUAGAACUGUUGAUGAUUUUUACAACCUGGCCCUGGAUUACAUCAAGAAGGCGAAUUCAAUGAAUGUUCGAUAUGUCGAGGCAUUUUUUGAUCCACAGGCUCAUACUUCGCGUGGAAUUGAGUUUGAUGUUGUGAUGGAGGGCCUACUAAAGGCGAAAGAGGAGGCCUGGUCCCACUAUGGAAUCCAACUGCACUGGAUAAUGUGCAUUUUGAGAGAUAUGAGCGCCGAGAGUGCAAUUGAAACAGUGAAGCAAUCAUUUCCGUACAAGGAGAACAUUAUCGGUUUGGGCCUUGACUCUGAUGAACACGAAAACCCUCCAAGCAAGUUCCAGGAAGCAUUCAAGCUGGCCCGUCAGUACGGUUACAAGAUCACCUCCCACUGUGAUGUUGACCAGAAAAACACGCAUCAGCACAUCAAAUAUGUGAUCACCGAACUAGGCGGAGCUAGGCCUCCUGCGAAAAAAUAUGAACUUGAAAACCCUGAUUUGUAUUUGACUCCAAAAUUCCCAACAGGUGCUGACAGAAUCGAUCACGGUCUCAAUGUUGCAGACAAUGAGGACCUUUUAGAAUUUACUAGAAAGUCCGGCCUGGGCCUGACUUUAUGUCCUAUAGGAUACCAGAAACACAUGGGUCCUCAUGUUGUCUUUCCUAAGGUGGUUCGUAUCAUAGAAUAUGGUAUUCCAAUCACUUUGAACAGUGAUGAUCCGGCGUACAUGGCCAACUACAAGUCCGAAAUCUUGGCUGGUACUCUCAAAGGCUGCAAUCUCUCAAUCAGGGAUUUGUAUGAAUUUGAAAAGAACGCCAUUUUGAUGGGAUGGACCUCUGAUGUUGAGUUCAAAAGAUCAUUUUUGAAGGAUCUGGAACAAGUUUACUUGAAGUUCUCUAUUUAG